AUGAAGAUGUGGACUUCGCCGGACAUGUCAGUUGUACAUCGAAAACUGAUAACUGAAGUUCUGGGAAGCCAGUGGCAUCCUUUCACCGCUAAAAUGACAGAAGCAUCUUCAGGGACACCACUAAAGGAGCCAUCUGAACCCUCAAGAAAAUCAGCUGAUUAUCCAGGGCUAGUACUGACAGAAUUCUGGACUGAUGCUGCGGAAGAGGCCAUUGUUAGGAGGCUUGCCAUGGCUGCUACAAAGCUCCUAGCUUUGCUUCUGCAAGGCCUAAUCCUGUUCUCAGUGAAGGUUCAUGAGAAGCCGGAUGAGGCCGCAUGGAAGCGCAUGGAGGAGCGGGAGAAGGAGAUGAAGCAGGAGAUGACUCCUCUGAUGGAGGAGAUGGAGAGGAGAAGCCGACCUCAGAAAAGAUGCCAUGAGGCAGACUCAGCCCAAACCAAGAAGGAUAUCUUGGCCAUCAGCAUGGAUGAAGAAAAUGAGGAAAGAAGAGCUCUAGAAGGUCUGGAAGAGGAGAAGUUAUCAGACAUGAUUUUUGACAGGUCCAUCAAGUGGCCUGUGCAGAAAAUCAUCUCCAGGAGACUGGUGGUGAAGGGGCUGGUGGAUAAGCUGCUGCACAACUUGCGAAUGCGCCUGUCAAAUAGUUUCUGGCCAGAGCUGCAGAAUGCCAUUGGUGUGGGCAGUGGCUUUGAGGGAUGGAGUCCCGAUGAAGCUGAUCGUGUUAUCUACCACCUACUUCUGCCCCUGAAGCCACCCACUGGACACAGGUUCCACCUGGAGCCACUAGGGAGCAGGCAGCAGAUUCCAGGCAGGGACUGCCGCAUCCGUGUGGAGCUGGAAUGCACCUGUGGGGGACAGAAGGCGCUGUGCUUCCUCCACCGUCCUGAGAACCAGAUGCCUAAGGUCCUGGACAUCCUCUGCACCAACUCAUACCUUGAUGUGGCUAAACUCGCCCGCUGGUUCAAGGGUUUGGUGAAGAAAGCCUGGGUGGCAUUGCCUGAGUCACGUCGCUACAAGAUGAAGGUGCUGCCCGACAGCCAGACCUCCUGCCUGAUGCAGCUGAAAAGUCACUCCGGAGACACCUUCAUGCUUGACAUCUUGUUUGGGGUACAGCAAGGUGCCUCAGAUAUCUUCUUCAGCAGCCCCCCUAGAGCAGACAGCAACACCCCAAGCACAAUUUGGGCAGAGAGCUACCUUGUGGCAGAGAGGAAGUUCUUCAUCCAAAUAGCCGAAGAGGUUCCAUAUGGCAGCUACCACCUCAAGUGCCUACACCUCUGCACCACCAUAAUGAAGGGCACAGUCUUUACCCCUGAUAUGAUCAAGACAGUUUUCAUGCACGUCCUCAACACCACCCCCGUGUCAGGCUGGAGCAGAGAGGACUGCCUCAUGCGCAUGGCAGAUGUCAUGAGGUACCUGCACUACGCUCUGGAAGAGAAGCAGCUCGACAGCUUCUUCUUUGGCAGUGCAAAGGUGCCCAAGGAGAUCAUCUUGCCUCCAGACUUCAGAAGAUCUAAGCCACCCAACCUCUUUGCGCAUCUGGUGCAAGAUCAGGCUGCCUACACAGAGGCAUUGAGACAGUUUGAGGAGAUUGAGGAGGAGCUUUUGGAGAGAGUGAUCCCAGGGAUCCUAAAGGAAGAGGCGUGCAUGGAGCUGUGCCUCAGGAGGUGUAUGUCAGCACCUGGAGACUGA